AUGGCUGAACAUGAAGAAGGCAAUUUUUUACAACAGUAUUUUGUUACUUUUUUGCAAGAGGCAACAAGAUUGACGGCAGAAGAUUCUGGUUUAUUGAAUGUUCCUUCAGCACAAGGUGUAAACAAUGAACCGAGUCAAAAUGCAAUAACUUCUCAGAGCGACGAACCACAGGGUCAAUUAUCGAAUACUAUAUUUUUAUAUAAUCAGAAUAUACCAAGUAUAACGGCUAUCAACAGAGAAAGAGCGUUAGGGAAUUUCGCACGUCGUUUUACACCGUAUCCUACCCAGUCAGCAAGGGCUUAUGUUUUAAGCGCAAUCAGCGGUAAAACAUGGACACACAACUUCUAUUGCUUAGCAAAUCACGAACAGUGUGUUUCCCCCACUUCAGAUCUUAAGGCAAAGCUGGAACAAGCUGGUUUAGGCGAAAAAAGAAUAUGCUUUGACAGGCAAGCCAGUGCAAUCGACGUGAAGGCAAAAUUGGAGGAAGUUUACCCAAAAUUACAAUUUGGGGGAGGCUUUGACAUCCUGAGGCGUGUAGCACAAACCAAAGAUUUGGUGUUUAUCCGGCCACCACGAAGUGGUUACAGCGUACCAUUUCUACGGGAUAAAUCUAUAUUGAAGCAAGCAAUGGCCUUCAUUCGACCGAUACAAAGUGAUUUGGAUAUGACACCUGUGGCAGUCAUGGAUAGUUCUGAGGUGAGCUCUCAUUAA